GCAGCAGCAGCGGCAGACGCCGACAAACAGCAGCCCCCGCGUAAACGGCGACGCAUCGUCAUCUCAUGCACCGAGUGCCAUAGGAGAAAGCAGAAAUGUGAUCGCGGCUUCCCCUGCACCAACUGCGUGUCGCGCAACAAGCAGGACUCAUGUCGCUACGAGACGGGCGCGCCAACUGCCAAGGCGCUCCAGCAGCAGGCCCGGCGGGCGGGCGAGGGCGGGGCUGCCGAACCACCGCGCCGCCGAGGUCGACCGCAGGAUCCUGCGGCUGGCUCCGUCAAGGCGCCGACAAGCUUUGGCUAUGCUGACGCCAGCGGCACCAGCGGCGCCUCGACGUUGGGCUUUCUCAAGAAGCUGGACGACGGGUCCAUGAACCCAGAGGGGGAGUCGCUUACCAGGCUUACAAUGCCCCGGGAGGAUGCCGCUUACUAUGGCACGCGAGAGAGGUACAAGAGUCUCGUACGGCAGAUGCCCGCCAGGUCAGAUAUCGAGAGACUCGCAGACAUCUAUUUCAAGGACUUCAACUGGCAAUAUAAUGCCGUGGACCGGUAUAUGUUCAACCGACAGGCAAAAGAGUGGUAUAAAUUACCUUUCAACUUGCUCAAUGUUGAUGGUCCUCAGGCCUUGUCGCCCGACCUGAGGGCCUUUCCUGCUAUGGUGUUUCAGAUCCUCGCCACCAGUCUGUUGAUUCUACCUACGGCCUCGGACCCGACUUUCGACCACCUAAAGUAUAACAACUCCAUGAGCUUCGAGGACCUAGCCACCGACUAUACUGAGUCGGGCAUGGCCCUCAUGAACCUGCUUGGAAAGAGGCAGGUCUCGCUCACGCUUGUGACGGCAGACUGGCUGAGGGCUGCCUUCUUGAAAUACUCGGGCCUUGUGACAGAGUCAUGGCAUGCGAUUGGCACGGCCAUCCGAGACGCACAAGAGUGUGGGCUCCACCGCGAGAGCCUCGACCCGCGUCCCAAAAGCGACAAUAUCGAGGACAUCUUGGAGAAUCAAUGGGAGAUACAGCGAAGGCGCAAGAUGUGGUGCCUUCUCGUCGUGUGGGACGUCCACACCGGUAUUGUUCUAGGCCGUCCCCUCAGCGUGGAUCUCAGCAUCAAGUGCCCGUUGCCGGUAGACGCGCCUGAGCCCAAAGACCCGUCGCGGACGCCCGUCGUGCAACGCUCGGACAACGAUCCACCAUCCCUCACGACGCGGACGCUGUACACCUUUCAGAUUACUCUGGCCCUGAAGGACAUUGUCGACCUAGAGAAGGAAGGGCCCUGUCCCAAGGAUUUCUCCAAGGUGGACAGGCUUCACGAAAAACUGGUGGAAUUAGAAGCGCAGACGCCCGCUUUUUUUCGUCAGGAAAAUCCAGACACUCGAUUUGAUAACCUGGCAGACUGCUUCUGGGUGCCGAUGGCGCGCUCAUCGCUGCACCCGCUUGUGGCGUUCAACUUCAUGGCGCUGCAUCGGCCGUACGUCUUUACGCGGCCGCACAGCAGGAGGGAGGCGCUCAAGGCGAGUCUCAAGAUGCUGGAGCUACAGAGGGCCAAUUUUACCACUAUGAGCCCGAGACAUUACAAGCUCUAUCAUCUCUUCUUUGGGACAUUCGAUGCUAUCGUGCUCAUGGCAAGCAUCUUCAUCCUCUUCCCCAAGGACAAUGCCGAAUACCUCGCCUCCGCACUGCAACAUUUUCAGUGGGCAAUGGAACGCUUCGAGAUCAUGGCCGAACGAAACCGCCUGGCUGCUGCCGCACGUGGGGUACUACAAGCCAUCCGCCUGCGACUCAAGAGAGCACUGGAGAUGAACGGGACACCGAGCGUCGUUAGCACUACGUCAUCCACCCCAGGGUCACAGCCGACAGCAUCAGCCUCUGACUCUAACGUCUCUGCAACGACGGCAACAACUAGCGAGUCGCCGUCCCUGACGAACGCAGGAAGCAGCGGCAAUCGCAGCACGAGCGUCUUCACAACCCCAGGCGCUGAUAUCUCCCCAGCUGCGAGUGACCAGCAAUAUGCAGCCAUGUCUGCCGGAGACGCCGCACCCAUCGAUCCCGGCCUGGCCGGCAUGGCGGCAAGCGACUGGACCCUGCCAGACAAUUUUGAUUGGUCGUCUAUUCAGCCUCUCUACGCGAUGGCGGAUGUUGCGUACAAUGACCUGAUGGGGAUCAGCCAUGGUGGAGGAGGGGAAAUA